GCAUAAUAUUUAAUAUGAUUGAUAAGGAUAAACUGUACCAUCAGCUGGUUAUGGUUAUUAGUUAUUACUGAUUUUUUGUUACUCGUGUCUAAAACAAAAAUCAUCAACUGAAUCGUAAUCACAAUAAUUCGCGGAAAUCAUUCUUGUAACGUCAAAUGAAAAUGAAUCAACGAAAACUGACAAUCCUGUAUGGUAGCCAGUCUGGCACUGCUCAAGAUUUGGCCGAACAAAUUUGGCGAGACAGCAAACUGUACCAUCUACACGGCACGGUUUCGGCGAUGGAUGAUUACAAUGUAUCACAGCUAAUCGAGGAGCGUUUUGUUGUGUUGGUCUGUUCCACUUACGGACAAGGUGAAGAACCAGAUAAUAUGAAACGAUUUUGGAAAUUCCUCUUACGCAAAAGCCUUCCAGCCGACUCCCUACGGGGGAUGAAUUUUGGUGUGCUUGGCUUGGGGGAUUCGCGGUAUCCAAAGUUUAACUAUGUGGCUAAACGUUUGCACAAAAGAUUAGCACUACUCGGAGGAACAGCAUUGCUUCCAGUGGGGUUGUGUGAUGAUCAACACGACCUGGGAUAUGGAGCAGUUUUUAUGUCAUGGAUCAAAAACUUUUGGAGUAAACUUUUAGAAAUUAGUCCUAUACCGGAGGGUUUCUGUAAAUUAGCAAUAAGUCCUCGCGAGUAUCGCUGGAUAGUAGAGGAAACCUCUGACCAAGCGAAAGAAUUCGCUGUGGACAUGUACGAAGAUAUUACGUUCGACAAUCAGUUUAUUUCGGAGGUGGAAGAAAACAUACGGAUAACAGCAAAGGACCAUUUCCAGGACGUGAGGUUUAUUACUUUUUCUAAAAAACACGUCACGUGGAAACCGGGAGAUGUAGUAUAUGUGAGACCAGAAAAUUCAUCAGAAACUGUUGAUAAGCUUUUUGAGCUGUUCAUUGAACAUGGGCUGAAAUGGUGUAAGGAAACUGUAAUCAAGAUUGAAGAAAUUGACUCGGAAAUGCCUGUUCCUCCGAUACUAAACAAACCUUUAUCGCUCGGCACUAUUGCUCAACAGUACUGGGACUUGAGCGCCAUACCUCGUGCACGAGCUUUUGCCGUACUGGCACGCUUUUGCUCCGACGAACUCGAACGUGAGAAGCUGGAAGAUUUUUCCAGCUAUGAAGGUCAGGAGGAACUGUUUUCCUAUGCCAAUCGGCCACGCCGAACGAUUCUAGAAGUGCUACAGGAUUUUCCCCAUGCAUGUCAAUCUCUCACUUUACCAGCUCUUUUUGAAUUAUUUCAACCAAUAAAGGCUCGACCGUUUUCGAUUGCUUCAUCUGCCGCCAGUAAUAAACUUAAAAUAUUAGUAGCGGUCAUAGAAUAUCAGACCAAACUAAAACAGCCAAGACUAGGACUGUGUUCAAACUGGUUAAAAGGGCUCAAGCCAGGAAGAGCAAUCAGGAUGUGGACCAGGAAAGGAACAUUUAAUUUUCCAGAAGAUACUACUAUUCCGAUAGUAAUGGUUGGUCCUGGCACUGGAUUGGCGCCGUUCUGCGCUGUUUUGCAAGAACGGGAAUUACUUGUUAAUGCUAGACAAUGUGGGCCGCUAGUUUUAUAUUUUGGAUGUAGAAAUUCAAAGGCUGAUUUUCAUUGCGAAGAAGACUUACGACGAAUGGAGAGAACGGGUCUGUUAGUGUUACACUGCGCAUUUUCGCGCGAUCAAGAGGAUAAAAUUUAUGUGCAGCAUUUGAUCCGAAAUCAUGGUGCUCUAAUGAAAAAACUGUUGAUGGAGCAGAACGGUAUAUUUCUUGUUUCCGGAAGUUCAAAAAAUAUGCCAGAAGCUGUUCGUGAGGCCCUAGGAGAAGCGAUAGGAAGUUCUCUGUAUGUCGAUGAAAUGUUGAAAAAUGAACGUUAUCAAGAAGAAACAUGGGCCUAAUCUAAUAUAUUUUAUUGUGAGAAAAGUUGUUAUAACAAACUAGA